AUGGAUUCUGAAGCGAAACAAAAUGACGAAGAGUUUUGUUCAAUGCAGUGUAAAUGUCAAAAAUACAUACAUAGAAGAAAGUUUCAACGAAUGAGGGCACAAGAACGCAUGGUCUUUAAAUCAGGCGAAAUAAAUAUUGAUGAGUCACGGGAUAAUAAAUUUCGCCUUUUCACUGAUAUCGUGAAGGUUUUUAUUGAAGCUAGAUGGAGGUGGACAGUUUUUUACUGUGUUACAGCCUGCGUUCUAACAUGGCUUCUGUUCGCUGGUGUUUGGUGGUUGAUUUUGUACUUGCACGGUGAUCUAGAAAUCAAAAACUUACCCCACACUAGGAAUUCAACAUGGACGCCCUGCGUUCGAGAGAUAUAUAAUUUCACGUCGAUAUUUCUCUUCAGCAUAGAAGUUCAGACAAGUAUUGGCUAUGGCUCUAGAGCGAUCACACUAGAAUGUCCCGAAGCGAUCUUUACUAUGUGCAUUGAAAGUAUCACAGGAAAGAUAAUACAAUCGCUUAUAAUAGGGAUUGUUUUCGCCAAAUUGACAAAACCAAAAAACCGAGCGCAUACGUUGAUGUUCUCGAAGUUUGCGAUCAUUAAUCAAAGAGACGGUCAUUUAUGUAUGAUGUUCAGAGUAGGUAAUACCAGAAAAUCUAGAAUCAUUGCUUCUAAUAUAAACGCAUAUCUGAUAAAGUUCGUUUUCAAAGGCAUUGACCUACUUGAUUAUAAUCAGAUAAAACUAGAUUUAAAAGUCGACGCGUGUGACGAUGUUCUUUUUAUAUUUCCCCUAACGGCUAUACAUAAAAUAGACGAAAGCAGUCCAUUCUUCAAUAUCUCUGCUAAGGAGUUGCUACAGUGCAAUAUUGAGAUACUUGUCGUCUUCGAAGGAACUAUUGAAUCUACAGGCCAACCAGUUCAAACUAAAUCGAGCUAUACAGGCAGCGAACAGGUAGGUGCGGCGAAUAAGGCCUAG